AUGAAUCAAGACACAGAGAGCUUGUAUGUCUUUUUGCACUCCCGAAUAGAGCGGGAGGUAAUGCAGCUGAAACAGAAACACGGAGCGGCUGGCUUCGGAGAGGAUGCCACUGAUGAUGAGCUACUCUUGACGUACAAUCAGCUCUUGCGGUACGCCCGGGACAUUGACAGCAUCCGUGUGAAGGUGUAUGAGAGCAAGCAGUUGAAUGCUUUUAACAAGAAGUUGCAUGUGACAGACCGAGAUAUCCAGAAUCUCCUUCUCGAUGCGGAGAUGCGAAUAGACGCCAUGUAUAGGAAGGCGCAGGCGCAGAAGGAGCUGGAGAGGAAACACGUCGCAAAUGCGGCGAUUGGUGGUGAUAUUUCAGAUGAUGUCGAGACGAUCGGCAGGUACCAGCACGAUGAGUUUGAGGGGCGGGAGUCGAUUGAGAGCUUGAAGUCGAGGUUGUUGAGCACGCGACACGACCAACUCGAUCAGGUAGAGAGCACAGAGUUGCAGAACAACUAUCACGACUCGAUUCAGCAAGAGUUGAUAGAUUCGCUGCCGUCGAUGGUCUCGUCGUUGAAGGACCAGGCACUACAGUUCCAGGAGAUGAUCAAGCAGGAUGCGGUGAUCUUGAAAGAGGCCACGCAAAACUUCGAAACCUCUCACGGAAGAUUCGACAACGGAGAUUGGGGUUCUGGUUUUAUAUAA